GGAGUCCAGAGCCAGCCUGCUCACUGUGCUGCCGUCCCUUUGGCCUCCAUGCUCAACACCAGGGAUCAGGCGAGUGCAGGCGUCACACAGGGGACACAGAGUGACGAUGCCGACGUCAAGUACAGCGUCAGCGGGGUGACGAGUGACAGCACCGGGACGGAGGGCAGGUUAUGGGAGACGGAGGACUCUGAGGACCUCCUGCUGGCCACAGACACCCCUCCACCCCGACUUCCCUUCAUUUCAGAAGACAGCCACCCCGGCUCCCUAGGCCUCUCGCUCGCUCCCUCUCCACCUCUCUCGCCUCCUGACCAGGCUCUCGCCAGGCUUACCCGUCCCGCCUCCUCCGACCAGGCCAGUCAGAGAGAGAGCCCGCCCCCGGAAACCUGCGACCUCAGUCCCAGUCUGGUAGCUCUGGAAGUGGACAGUGAAGAGGAGAGCGCUGAGCCUGAGCCGCCGCUCUCCUGCCUCCCGUCCGACGCACAGAGGGGUGAAGACAGAGGGCAAACGUCCGGUCCCGUGCCCGACCUCCCUUGCACUCGCACUCAGUCUGCCUCGUCAGCGUUUGAGCCCACCCCAAAAGAUGUGGGCGACCAUGGGAUUCGUCUGCGCUCCUAUUCCUACUCCACUCCCAAAAUCAGUUUGCGUCCUCCUCGUUUUGCCCGGGACACCCCACCUCCUGACCUCAGCCCAGAUGGCGUGCUCCACAGCGUCAGCUACAGCCGAUCUCUCCUUCAGGCCCUCUCUCUGUCUAAAUCUCUGUCUCUGCUCCACCCUGGUAAGCAAAGAGCCUCCAGUCUAACAGAACAGCCACAUGACAAAAGGGAGAUCAGGUUCCGUAAGCGUGCCCAGUCGGCUGAUGAUGAGGGCAGUGCAGAGCUGGCAGAGUCCCUCCAACAUCUCACCCUGUCAGAGUUUCUUAAAGAAAUUGAAGAGGAAGAGUUGGACAAGUACAACGUCCCAUCCAAGGUGGAGUCAGAGAAGUACAAAGUGAUUCGCACCUUCAGUUUCCUGAAGAGCAGGAUGUCCAGCACACGCAACAAGAACAAGGGGAAAGUGAAGGAGAGGGAGGCCAAGGACAGGCAUCUGAAUGGACACCGCUUUGCCACGGGCCCCUGUAUGGGGACCACCACGUGUCUGGUUUGUGACAAGCCAGCAUCUGGCAAAGACCUCCUGCACUGCUCCAGUUGCACUGUCAUUGUCCAUAAGGGUUGUAAGGACUCUGCCCCGCCAUGUCUGAAGAAACUUCAGGAUAAGUAUGCCGUUUCCAUGGUGAAGAACAGGACAGCAUCCCUUCCACAGAAUUUCACAGUGAGAGAGAGCCCUCCUCAGUGUGUUAUCCCCACCUCGACCUCCCUGCCUGUCAUGACCCCUAAGGAGAGGAGGGAUCCUGCACCCGUCCCCAGCCCCCUCUACGGGAGUCUCCCCAGUGCUAGUGACAGCAGGCUCAGUGAGAGUUCAGAGACAGAGUCUGAGAACUGGAGGGUCAUCGGCCAGUCAGAGGAGCUCCAGCAGGCGGCAGCGUCCUCCACUUCCACAGACUCCUCCCUGGGAGAAGACUGUGUGGAUGCAUAUCUCCACAGUGAUCUUACAGCCGAUGCUGUGGAUUAUGAGGCGGAGUCGUGGAGCCUGGCAGUGGAGCACAACUUCUGCAAGAAACAGGACAAACGAGUUGUCAAAAGGCAGGAUGUCAUCUAUGAGCUGAUGCAGACAGAGCUACAUCACCUACAGACUCUGCACAUCAUGGCGGAGGUUUUCCGGCGAGGCAUGAGGGAGGAGGUGCAGCUGGAUGCCGAGGCGGUGGAGCGGGUCUUCCCCUGCCUGGACCAGCUCAUCUUAUUCCACCACACCUUCUUCUCCGUGAUGAGAGAGCGGCGGCACGGCUCAGCCCAACCUCAGGGUCACAGGAACUACCUCAUCCAGCAAGUGGGAGACAUCCUGCUGCAACAGUUUUCAGAUGAAAACGCGGAGAAAAUGAAGCAGGUGUACGGAGAGUUCUGCAGUCACCACAACGAGGCCGUCAGCUUCUACAAAGAUCUUCAGCAACACAACAAGAGACUGCAGAGCUUCAUCAAGCAACAAAGUAACAACUCUUUGGCGCGACGAAGAGAAAUCCCCGAGUGCAUCUUGCUGGUCACCCAAAGGAUUACCAAGUAUCCAGUGCUGCUGGAGAGGAUCCUGCAGUAUACAGAAGAGGACACAGAGGAGCAUGCGGACCUUUUGAAGGCGCUGGUUCAGAUUCGAGAGGUGAUCGCGGCGGUGGACCUGAGCGUCAGUGAGUACGAGCAGCAUCAGAGGCUACAGGAGGUGUGGAACCGCAUGGAGAACCGCAGCUCGACCAAGCUCAAGAACGGCCACACCUACCGCAAGCAGGACAUGAUGGGGCCGGGGCAGACACUCAAACAUCAGGGCCUGCUCCUGUGGAAAACCGCCACCGGCCGACUUAAAGAUGUCCUGGCCCUCCUUCUCACAGACACCCUCAUCCUCCUACAGGAGAAAGACCAAAAGUACACGUUUGCAACUGUGGAUCAAAAGCCUCCAGUCAUUGCGCUGCAAAAGUUAAUUGUACGCGAGGUGGCCAAUGAGGAGAGAGGGAUGUUUUUGAUCAGCGCAUCAGCCGCUGGGCCAGAAAUGUAUGAAGUCCACACCUCCUCCAAAGACGAGCGAAACACCUGGAUGAGGCUCAUUAGAGAGGCUGUAGAGAGCUGUCCUGAGGAAGAGGAGGAGGACACGAGUGAAUCAGAGGAGGAGAAGCGAGCUGCUGAAGCUCGCAUUCAGAAGAUCCAGAAACUGCAAGAGAGUCUGAUGAGUCAGGACCAGCAGAUCUGUUCCAGCCUGGAGGAGAAGCUGCAGAUCUACGCAGAUCUCUCUGCUCUGAGUGGGAGGACGGAGGCUCCUCAACUUGAACCACGACUGCUGGUCCAGCCGCACUCAGAGGAGACGCCCCAGGCCGCUGUGCUGCUGGCUGCAGCUCUGCAAGAAGCUGAGAACCUGAGGGCCGCGCUGCUGUCCCGGGCUCGCUCCCCGUCCAGCCAUAGCCGGGACUCUGACACAGACUCUGUGUUCCCCCUCACACCUCUCGAGACCCCUUCGGACUCUGAGGCUUCACCUGGAGACCCAGACACGGUUGAAGGGGGUUGGACGGAGGCCCUCGUACUUCAAUCCCUACCUCUCCUGUUAAAAAGAGACCAACAUGACAUCAGCCUCAAGGUUGCUCAAAGUGUCCAAAGCCUGACGCAGUUACUCUACAGUCUACAGGCCGCAGUGACCCUACAGGACAGUUGUUAUGAGGUGCACAAGUUGCUCCUCCGUGAGAGCGAACGCCCUUCGCCCCGCGUCCAGCGACCGCACCCCGCCAGUGUCCGGGGCACCACCCUGCAGGAACAGGAGAAGCAGCGCAACCUGGAGAAGUGGCGGGAGGAGGUGGCGGCGGCCCAGCGGCUCCACGGUCAGCUGCGCCAGGAGAGGCAGCGCUGGGAGAGGGAGUUCCAGGCUCGGGAGAACCAGCAGGAGGAGCAGGAGAGCAAGCUGGAGGAGAGGGAGAGGCAGUGCCACCUGGAGGCGGAGAGGCUGAGGCGGGAGAGAGAGGAGCUGGAGGAGCAGCUGGAGGAGUACCAGCAGAGCCUGGAGCGGCUCAGGGAGGGCCAGAGGAGCGUGGAGAGGGAGCGGGAGAGGCUGGAGACCCAGCAAAAGCUGCUCCAGAGCUGGAGGCACAGUCGGCAAAGGAGCCUGCCCACUCCUAUGGUCAUCCCUCUGCAUGGGCAGCAGGAUUCGGGAGCAGGUCAGUCCAAGGACCGUGAUAAUGGCUCCGUGUUUGUGAACGAGGCUGCGUUCACCAGCGCCGCCAUCAACAACCGCCACGUCCAUCACAGAGGAAAUGACCCCAGCGCCCACAACUGUUUGAACACCCUGCUGGCUCGAUCCAACUGCAGACAGCCAUCCAUCCCUAAGACUGCCCACCCACACUCAGACUCCCCAGGCUGGGGAGUGGGAACCGGCUGCCUCUACUCCUCUACAGGAAGGCUAGGGCUGGAGCACACGCCCAACGAUAUAAACAGCCACAGCUACAUCAGGGAGGCCUGGUCGUCAACGGCAACGGGAGCUGACCAGUAUCCGGUGCUCCCCCAUCCCGGUGACCCUCAACUUGACCUGAAUGUGCUGGUUUCCCUGGAAACAGACGGUGUCGGGGAGGAGGGCAGGGAGGAGAACAUUGUGUACCUCUGAAAGUGGAGAGACUCUGAACCCCCAACCCGGCACUUGGAGAGCGAAGACGUUCGUGAAGGAUCAGAACCCAGAGCAACUUCAAAAAGCAUUACUGUCUAUCUUUGCUCAGUGUUUGUGUAUGCAUGUGUGGGUGUGUGAGUAAGUUUGUUUGUGUAGGAUAUCGGGUGAAUGGGUUCCUGCAGCCAUACCUUGUCCCCUUUCCCUCAGUUUGCCCCCGUCUGUCCCUCCCUUACUGCCUGCCUUCCUGCCGCCUUUCUCCCUUCCCUACGAUCCUUGUCCCUCAGGCUCUGUAUUUAUUAAAUUUCCCACAAAAGGACGAAAGAGUGGACCCGGUAAUCAGUGAAACAUCAGGCUGCACCUCUCCAGUGGGUGACUGUCUGACCAGGGAAUAAACUGCACCUCCUUCAUCUAUCAGAAGAGCUCUGUCUCUGUACAGGACGAGCACGACGUGAAGCGAAGCACAUUAGAAUUGAAGGAUGAGACGAGACACUGCGGUCACAGGGGAUUCAGUCCCACGUUUUUCCAGACUGUCUGCUUGUAACUAUCAUUUCUUUUUAUCUGAAGGACUUUCUCGCUGUUUAGAGUAGAAAGUGGAGUUGCUAUAGAUUUAAAAAAAAAAAGAACUGUGUUAAUCUGUCGGUUUUAUCAGAGCAUGUAGACUCAGCCACAUAGUGGUCAGACCAAAAGCUUGGACAAACUGUCUCCCCUCAACAUGUCAUGUAAUAUAAAACAUGUACUGGGCAAUUGUGUGGCAUAGAGAGGAAUUUUGGAUCAAACCAAAUGUGGCUUCUUUUCUUUUUUCUUUCAUGUGUGUCCAGUCAGUCUCAGUCAUGCUCCGUCAGAAUCACGCUUAGUUUGUACACGGAUACAGUCAAACGAUAACGUCUGAAAUUAUCCUCGCAAGCAUUCAGAACAAAAAGUGGCAUUGCAGAUACUGUUGUGCUUAACGCUAAAAUAAGACACUUGAAUAUUGUUUAGUACAUUUACAGAUUAUCUCUCAUGGGAAUUUUUUUUUUUUUUUUUUUUGUGCAAAGAGAUCCUUAUGCCAAUGCUUUAGUUUUCCUUAGUUGCUUUUUUUUAACAAACACAUUAAGGAUUAAUGAUGGUGAACAUUGUUAGGGGAGCAAUGGUUUCUUUACUGCUGCAGUUUUAUUUCCUAAUGAGACAUCAAAGCGGUGGCACAGUUUUGGUGUCAAUAUGUGGUUUUGAAACCACGUGUAUAUUUCCAUGCCCUUAUUUAUUACAAGAGUUGUAGUGUUUUAUGGUUCUUUGUGAAGGGUUGUGUUGUAAAUAAAAUAAAUAUAUCUGUAUAAACAGACAAACAACUGUAUUUUCUUGUUUUGUGUAUGUGCGUUCAGGCGGAAGAGCUGCGUGGAGGGAAAG